AUGCAAAUCACGUCUGGUGGAGUUCGGACCUGUUCUGGCACCCGACCGGUACCAACUCUCUGGGCCUGGACUACCGCAGGUUGCAAGGAAAUUGGACUGCCCUCUGUCGCGUCGACAGCAACCACGACGGAAUAUCCAACGGCCAGCACCUGGGUGAUCCAUGCUGCCGCUGGCAGCCCUCUCGGGAUGCUUUCUCUGUGCAGGGCGAUCGCGAAUAGACGUUGGCGUCUCUCCCAUCCGUCGGAGAACUCCACCACAGCGCGUCUCAGAAUGAAGGAGAUCACGCAGCUUCGGGACCAGCCAGAGAACUGCAGCAGCUCAUACGAUAAGGCCAGGUACAGGGAGGAUUUCAUCUCCUGGCGGACUUCCACAAUGCUGCCGUGCGGGAGAACGAUGUGCGCAACUUUGAGCAGUUUGUGA